GGAAGUAGUUGGGGAUCCGGCUGUUUUCAUCAGUGGCGGUCGCUGGUCUGUGUGGGUUUUGCAGGUUUGUGUGUGUCUCUGUGCACACGUGUGUGUCUAGCGUCUCCGUUCUGCGUCCGGGGUGCGGGUGUCUGGGGACCCAGCGCUGGGUGUCACUCCCCAGUCGCAGAGCAGAGGGCAGGGUGUGGGGCAGGUGCUGCCGAUGGCUGCAUGGAGACGGGGUUUCCCCAAAGCUGCUGGAGGAUUCAAACACAUGAAACCCCCUCCCACCCCGACGGCUCUGAGAUCCCUGGAGACAGGGUGGGUCAGAGCGUGGGACAUGGGGGGCCGGUGCCCCCAUUCGGCUGGGGCGGGACAGAGAGGGAUGAAUAGGAAAUGAGCAAGAGAGCGAGGGGCCUUGCUAUGGCUCGGGAUCUGGGCAGCCUGGCACAGUGGGGCCCCCCAAUCUCGGAUCCCACCCCCCAGGCCCUGCUCUCCCAGCCCUGAGCUCCCCUCCCACAGCUCUGCCGGUGGCCCUCACUCACGACCCGCAGCCCCUCUAUUCUCAUUUGCAUGGUUCCCGAUUGCAGGACAUUCGUGUCCCGGACACCUGGAUCCCAUGCUCUCCCCUCCCCCGUCCCACCUGCCAAGAAGAUCCCUCUCCAGUCUGGCAGGGACAGCGAUUUCCCUCCAGCCCCACUGAAUGUACCCAACACCCCCCCGUGGUUACACGCAGCGUGACCAGUGUCGUUGGAAAUCUGGAUUGGAACUGGAACCUCAACACCCGCUUUAGAAGUGUGUACAGUGUGUGAGGAAAUACGUGGGCCUGAGAAAUCAAAAUGGGUCUGAAAAGUGUCAAGACGAGCUUCCUCACACAGCUGUGGCUUCUGACAGUGUCGGCGCCUUCCUUUCGGCUGCCUUGGCCAACCUAAUAAUUUCCCGUGGUGAUUUGUAAGCAAGGCCUGCGUGAGCUCUCCCCUGACAGCUCGUGAUGAGCCGGGGGGUGGGGGAGGCUUCAGGACCAGGCGAGUUACCUGAACGCACCUGCGCUGCCGAGGUAGCCAGCAGACGGAGCCGGGCUGCCCCGGGGGGGAUUCUGGCUGGUGCUGGGUUACAAGUCACCCUUGUACCGGGUGCCGGGUCACGACGUGUUGCUCUCCUCAUUGUGUGAGUCAAGGGCAGCAGAACUGGGCUUCGCCUGCCUGAACGAGGGGUCUCCUCAGUGCCGUCCAGAGCCCUGGGACCUCGGGGCUUGUCCCAUCAGGUGUGAAAGUAAGAAACUUGCCUGAGCCCGUCUCUCGUUACAAAUCAAGCCCUGCUCACCCUCACCUGAGCGGCCCUCGAUAAGCAGGGGGCUGGAUGGCGGACCCCAGUGGGAGAGGGAGAGGUGGGGACAGGGGUUUUGUUCGGUGCUGUGGGCUGCCCCCUCCCGGUUAGAGACAGAGCGGAUUAGGCUCCAGAGUCUUCUGGUUUGUGAGGUGACCACGAGAGCUGAAAUCACUGACAACCAGGUGUCAGUGCCCAGACCUGCUGCGGGACGGCGUUUCUGGGGAGGAGACGGCCCAGCCUGCACUGGCUGUGAGGUCCCCCACUGAGAGCUGAAAUCACCGAGAGCCGGUGGAACCUCCAGAGACCGACUCGCCGGGGCCCCGGGGGCAGGGGGGCAGGAGGUGACGGCGCAGGGCCAUGGGCGGGGAGUGGUGCAGUGAACGGUGGCACGACAAACAGCGGCCCGAGCGAGUGGCCGGAGCGAGUGGCGAGCAGCUGGAGGAACCAGCAAGGUGCCGUCGACCUCCCCCUCUCCCCCAGGGUGGGAGGUGAACUGAUGCCCAAGCCCCUCUCAGCGCUGGGUCCGCACUGAGCCAGGACAAGAACUCCGAGUGGGGUGCAGGGGAGGGCGAAGCCGGGAGCCCGUGCAAUGGGCUACGUUUUAGUGACUUUGCUCCAGAACGCUCCAGAUUUGUGACUGAGAAUCGUAAAUAAAGACACAUUUCCUAGUAGGCCAGGAUAUUUAAAACGCAUUAUUUGCCAAGGUCAUUAUCUCACAUCAUCGCUAUCGCGAGAGGUCGUUAUAUUGGGGAGUUUCUGGACUAAACAUUUUUAUUAUUAUAAUGAAUUUUUAUGUAAAAAUGGACAGACCGGGUCAGACCGACGGUCCAUAUACCUGGUAUCCUGUCUUCCGACAGUGGCCAGUGCCAGGUGCCCCAGAGAGUCAUCGACUGAUCGAUCCUCUGUCGUCCACUCCCAGCUUCUGGUGAACAGGGGCAGGGGACCCCUCAUCAUUUUGUUGCCCUUCGCUGUUCCUUUUCUCAUUCUAAUUUAUCUUCUUUGAGAUGGGGCGACCAGAACUGCAGGCAGUACUCAAGAUGUGGGGGUAGCAUGGAUUUAUACAGUAAACGUGGAGGAGCUUGGUUUGCCAGACUGAUCAGCCAAGCCAAUACUGACAACCUAUAGGAAAAGGCUGCAAAACACCAUGCCCCUGGACAGCAUCGACAUGCGGAAAGCCUGGUAAGUCAGUCACUGUCAAAGCCAAUUUUAGAGGAACUUAAUGAGGCUGUUAAGAAUGCUGGAGACUCAACUCAGUUUAUGCGAACAAACCUGGCUGUCGCGUCGUACUUUCUAUUCAAGCAAGAGAUACCACACACUGCAAACCGUAGGCCACUGUUAAGUGCAUUGUCACUUCUUAAUCCGGAAGCUGGACACUGGUUCCGAACACGACCAGCAAAUGCUCACUAUCUCGCUGCAAGAAACUCAGCGGACUGGCUGGAAGCAUGUGCUGCAACAGGGAAAGACUCAGCCGUUGAAAAAGCGAAGAACUCUCUCACCGCAUUCGGACAAUGCACGUACAUGGCUGACGAAUGCACUGAUGCAAACGGGCAUCCAGGAUGAAGUCAUUGUCUACGUUAUCGUGAUGUCCGUGUUAGGCCAGUAGAUGCGAGUCUAGAUAUUCAGGUUAUAGAAGACACAUUGGCUGCAUCUCUGACAACCCACAUGUCACAGAGAUUGGGGGAGUCAGGGCCCUGCACCCCCACUUCCUGCCAUUCCCCAUGACUCUCAGCCACCCAGUAGAACAGAAGGUUUCUUAGAGACGACAGGAACACAGUCCGGACCAGAGCUUGCAGGCAUAAACCGGACCCCUUAGUCAGGCCCUUCUGGGGGGCAGGGAGAUUAGUCCCCAGCUCUGGGGGCUCCCUCCUCUUCCCCAGCCAGCUCCAAAAACUGAAACUCCCUCCAGCCGACUCCCCCAGCCUCCCCCCAGCUCCUCCUCCAGCCUUUGUCCAGUUUCCGGUGUCAGGUGGGCUCAGGUUACAGGCUCAGAUGACAGGCUCAGGUAUCCUCCCAGCCAGUGACGCCCCCCCCCCGCUGUCUCAUCACCGAUCAGACAGUCCCAGUGAAACUCCCCUGCCACAUUCCCAGGUCAAUUCGCCCCACUCCGUCCCUGCUGCGUCACACCCCGUCUUAAAGGAGUUCAAUGCUUGUCAAUUGAACCCCAAGGAGAUGGCUGCUUGUGCAUUUGAUGGAGCUGCAAACUUCUCUGGAGACAUAGUGGACAGGGCCGGCUCUAGGUUUUUGCCGUACCCCAAGCAGGUGCUUGGUUUGCUGGUGCCUAGAGCCAGCCCUGGAAGUGGAUACGAGCUUUGCUCAGAGAAAAGUGUAACUCUCGUCUCUCCAAUACACACGGCAGAGGCCAUCUGCUCCAGCCACCGCUCGUACGAGCUGCAGAAUCUUCCAAAGACAUUAAAAAGCCACGACUUUAAUGUCUUCCUUCUACGCUGUUUUUCAGCAAGAGUCCAAAAUGGCUGAACACCUUUGAAAAAACAGAAGAUACACUGGGACUGAAGGUCAAAUUCGUCCAACCUGGGGAAACCCGCUGGCUUUCUCAUGAGCGAUCCUUGGCUGUUGUCUUUAAAUGACUGCACCCAUUAUUACGGGCUUUGGAAAGUAUCGAGUAGCCAACUUUAAUUUGUGUGAUGAUUUUAAACCAUGAGUUAAAUCUAAUAAAAUGGUCUUGAAACAUUUCUCAGUUUUUACUAUGGUGCCAUAGAGCCCCCUUCGCCCUCAUGCUCUCACCCCUCAUCGGCCCUCACCCCCCUAAAAAUUCAAACCCCCCCCCCACCUUUUCAAUUCCUGGGGAAAAGCUGGUGCCCACCCCAGGGCCAGGGGUCCCUGCCCGGGGCUGCGGAUUCCCCUAACUUCAAUUCCUGGGGAAACUCUGGCUGCAGCCGCUCGCCAAACACGCACCCGCAAGGUCAGCCGCCCAAUCGAGCCGCCCUCAGCUUCUGGAGAGGCCGCCGGGGCGAGGUCCCCCCUUUGCAGCCGCUAUCCCGAGCGCAGGACGAGGGGCACCUCCACCCUCGGCCAGGGAACCAGGCGGGGUUUCCCCUCCUUGGAGAUGGCGCCUGCUUCUCGCUCUGGGGGUCGAUGUCCCAGGGCCCCAGCAGCCCAGGUACUGUGUUGUGUUGUGUAACGUUGUGUUGUGUUGUGUAACGUUCUUGGUCACAUUCAGUCACAUCCUGUAGACCCGUUUUCCCUUCUCUUUCGGUUACACGUGACUCACCACGGGGUGUUUCAUCGGCCACCUCGAGACUUCGGGUGUUUUCUUCCUUUGCGCUUCUUGGAAUGGUUUCUAGAUUCAUUAAUCGCCUCCCACAACGUAUGGAUUGAAUUUAAACGGAUCAUUCAAACGAACAAAUCCCACUGCUGACCCCCAGGCUCACGAUUUGUUUCCUCCUGGUGCUGCAACGAGACCAAGCCAGGCCACACCUUCCACACAGCAGCUGGGAACCAGGCGUCUCUGCCGUCCCGGCGGGUCCCGGCGGGUCCCGCAGCAGCCAAGGGCGAUGGGGCGAAUCCCCCACAGACCGGGCGGCCCUUGGACAGGGAUUCUCCUGGCAGCCUCCGUCCUGGGCUCCUGCCUCCAGCCGGCGCCGGCCCAGACCCCGGUGAGCAUCGUCCUCACCCCGCCGAGCCCCGCGGUGGGAGGGGGCGUCAGCCUGGCCCCCCAGAAUCCGCCACAGGACUUCCUGUCCUGCAGCUGGUACCGAUCAGCGACCACUGAUGAAACCAGCCGGAUCCUCACCUACUUCCCAGGACCAUCCACCGACCAGACCGGCCCGGCCCACACGGGGCGGGAGACAGCGGGGCCGGGCUGCGCCCUGCACAUCGCGGGGUUAACGCUCAAUGUCACCGGGAGCUACGCGGUGAAGAUAGAGCCCCGGACUAGCGCUGUCACCAUCACGGUGCAUCUGCCCGUCUCCGUCGCCCCUCGUCCAGGUCUCUCUGCCGGGGCCGUCGCUGGGAUCGUCAUCGGGUUGCUGGCGGGGGCCGCGCUGGUCGGAGUCGGGGCCUAUUUCCUCUACUCUCGCUGCCGGAACGAGACCCCCAAGGAGACCGGGGCACCCGUCUUGGUGUACGAGAACCUGCCCCCGACAGCUGGGGUGGGGCCAGUGGCCCAGCCCGGGAGCCCCCCUGACCCCAGCCCCACAUACCAGACGCUGCAGCCCCGACAGCAGGACGUGUACGAGGAGCUGAAGAAGUGACACCCCCUCCAGCCCCCCCGGUGCAUGCUGGUAGCGGCCCGGUGCAUGCUGGGAAAGGCGCGCCCCCGAGCGUGGGUCCCGCCGCCCGGGGACGUCCCGCCGAUGAAGCGUUAAAGGGCAGGAACAGCCACCGCCCGGCCCGGGGGGUCCGUCCGUCCAGGCUGCUUCCCUGGCGCCCAUCACCGCGGCGUCUGGGCCCCUCCAAAGAAAUCAGAAACUCGGCGCCUGUGAGUGGCUCUGGCUCCAUUGUGCCCAGCACAGUAUUUGGGAGCCCGCCUCUGCCACCGGCUUGGGGACGUCUCAGGACCAAACACCACCCAGCCUGGGGCACGUGCCCUGUUUUCUGCCCGCCUGACCUGAGCCUGGCGCGCUGAGCUGUGUCCCACCCCAGGCCGCGGGAGCUCCCCACUGCACAGAGGGGCCCGGGCGGCUCAGUGACCAGCCUGGGUCCCACGGGGAGUCUGUGGGGCUGCAGGGACUCAGACCCGGAUCUCCCCAGUGCCCCACUGGUGCCCAAACCAGGGCCUGGGGUCCCCGCCCAGGGCUUCCCCCCACCCUGCCUCCAGUGCCCGGCCCUGCGUCUUCCCCUCCCUGGGGCAGUUCUCCCGUGCUGAGCUGUGAACAGCGAUGCCGACCCGCCCGGCUGGGACCCGGGACCCCUGGCGGAGGGCACAGGGCGCCGAGGGGCUCAUGGGGCCCCAGGCUCUGACAUCUACAGACCAGCCCCCAAAGGGGCUUGUGGGGUCCCUGCCCAGAGCUGGCAUCGCUGGGCGCGGUGACCGUGGCAAGCCGUGUUCCCGGGGUCACGUCCGGGGCUGUGUGUCUGGCCUGGGUCUCAGGGGCUGGUUCCAGCCGGGCAGCGGGAGGCGCCAGGCCCGUCCCUGGCACACAGGAGGCACCGGGCCGUUCUCUCUGUGCCCGGCUCCGGGGCAGCUGGGUGAUGCCGCGCUCGCCAGGCGGCUGGUUGCACCCGGAGCCAGACCCCAGCAGCGUCUGCCCCAGCCCCACGGAAGCAGCCGGCAGGGAAAAGGGCCCAGUGCGGGGGGCAGGCGUUUCUGAGACAGACGCUGGCUUGGUGGGAGCUAUCGCGGGGUGCGGGGUGCACCCAGGGUCCUGCCCCGAGGGGAGCAGCUGCCAGCGGGUUUGUCGCCUGCAGGGAGCGUCGGAGCCCGGGCGGCUGGGAGCCGGAUGCUGGGGGGGGCUGAACCCGCAGGAGCUUCCAGGGGCGGGUUCGGGACGUCGGGACGCUGGGAAACGCGUCCCCAGUUUGUUCUCCAUGUUACCCAUUGUCCCGUUAACUCCAUGAGAACGUAAGAGCGGCCAGAGUGGGUCAGACCCAAGGUCCAUCCGGCCCAGUGUCCUGUCUGCCAACAGUGGCCAGUGCCGGGUGCCCCAGAGGGAAUGAACAGACCCGGGAAUCGCCCAGUGAUCAUCCCCUGGCGCCCAUUCCCAGCUCCUGGCAAACAGAGGCUAGGGACACCAUCCCUGCCCAUCUUAGCGAAUAGCUAUUGAUGGACCGAUCCUCCAGGAACUUAUCGAGUUCUUUUUUGAACCCUGUUAUAGUCCUGGCCUUCUCAACAUCCUCUGGCAGGGAGUUCCACAGGUUGACGGUGCGUUGCGGGAAGAAAGACUUCCUUGUGUUUGUUCUAAACCUGCUGCCCGUUCCUGUCAUUUCCCGAUCCCUAGUUACGAGUUUCAGAGUAACAGCCGUGUUAGUCUGUAUUCGCAAAAAGAAAAGGAGGACUUGUGGCACCUUAGAGACUAACCAAUUUAUUUGAGCAUGAGCUUUCGUGAGCUACAGCUCACUUCAUCGGAUGAGCUUUCGUGAGCUGUAGCUCACGAAAGCUCAUGCUCAAAUAAAUUGGUUAGUUUCUAAGGUGCCACAAGUACUCCUUUUCUAGUUACGAGGAGUCAAUAACAGGAGCCUCCAGCGGCUCCUUCUCCAGCUCUGGGCUCCGGUCAAUAAACUCAGCCUGGUUGUCUCUG